AUGGCAUCGCUCUGCCUGUUGUCAAGUCUAGAACUGCUCCAAGAUAGGUAUGACAAUUACUUGAAAAGCAAGUCACAACAGGAGGAGAAGCAGGCCAGCAUUCUCACUUUCGCAACACCCGGAGCAAGCUGUGCAUCUGGUCAAUCAUCUGAAUUCAUCCAUCUGUACAGCGCUAAACACCCACGACAAAAAGCCAUCAAUGAAGCCAUCAUAAAAGAUCUCAUUGUAGGCUGCAGUCUGCCACUAUCGCUGGUGGAGAAUCCUUGUUUUCAGAAGUUCAUGAAAGUUGUGGAGCCCAAAUAUUCUCCCAUGGCUCGGUCAACUGUAACCAGAGCAAGAUUGCCAGAAUUAUACACUGCAGGGAAGGAACGCAUCAAGAAAAUUCUCCAAGAUCACCAGUAUGUAUCAUUGACAGCAGACAUCUGGAGUGACCGUGUCAUGCGCUCUUUUCUUGGAGUCACUGCCCAUGUUAUCACACCAAGUCCUUCCACUGGAGGUAAGCUUGAGCUUCAGUCCCUUCUCCUGAGCUGUGAACGUUUUCAUGGUUCCCAUACUGGAGAACGCAUCAGUACAGCCUUUGAAACUUUGAUAGACGAGUUUCACAUCAAGAACAAGAUCAGUUUCAUCGUAAAGGAUAACGCUGCUAAUAUGAAGAAGGCAUUCAAGGCUAGUUUUCCACAGAAUCUUGACGAGAGUGAUGACCUUACUGACCCUGUUGAUGUAGAGGAGUUCGAACAAAUAGAUCUUGAUGAUGAGUCUCUUUGGGAAGAAAUGGAUGAGGUAGAAGCAGACAUCAUUAACGUGGCCCUAGAGAGCAACUCGACGCAGCGGCUUGCUUGUUUUGCCCACACUCUGCAACUAGUGGUCGGGAAGGGAUUGAAGGAGACGAGAGGAAUGUCAAAUGCCAUUGCCAAAGCCUGCAAGAUGGCGUCUACUCUCCAUCGUAGUACCAUCUUUAAAGAAAGGUUUGAGACCAAAAUUGGUCUCAACAGAUCAAUCCCCAAAGCAAAUGCCACUCGAUGGAACAGCAAAUAUCAUCUGCUAAAGUCCAUCCUAGGAUUGAAUUUCAAGACACUGGUGGAAGAUGUGUGUGGGACGGAGUUCAGCGCCAUUGCAUUCACAGUACACGAAUGGGGCCAGCUUGGUGAGCUUGUGGAAGUUCUGGAGCCAUUUGCAGAUGCAACAGAUACAUUGCAAGGGGAGUUCGCUGUUACAGUCAGCCUGAUAGUUCCAACAUUGUUGGACCUAGCCACACAUCUGAAGAAGAUGAAAGACCGUGCUCGCUACUGCAAACAGAUCACAACAACUCUUCAAGAUGCCCUCCUCAAGUACUUCCAAGGGAUUUACGUGGCAACCGGAAUUGCACCCCCAACCACAGGCACACAAGACACCCCGUUUUCCGACAAGAUCUACAUGAUUGCCUCUGUUCUCGAUCCCCAAUAUGGGCUCACCUGGGUUGAUCUAGACGUGCCCCUUGAUGGCAAUCGGCCUUCCCUGAGAGAUGAUUUGAAGGAAACACUAAAAGGUUCAAGCUUUUAG